CAUUUUUUCAAACAAACUCAUUUGGUGUGACUGAUGGAUACUACUUGUUUAUCUAUUUUCUUUCUUCUCCUUGCUCCUGUGAUCUCUCUGGCAAAUGGUCAGCCCCUGGUUCCAGCAUUGUUCACAUUCGGGGACUCUGUCCUCGAUGUUGGGAUCAAUAAUCAUCUUAAAACCCUCAUUAAAGCAAACUUCCUCCCUUACGGAAGAGAUUUUAUAACUCACAAGCCUACGGGAAGAUUCUGCAAUGGGAAACUUGCCUCAGAUUUCACUGCUGAGUACCUAGGAUUUACAUCUUACCCACAAGCUUACCUCGGUGGAGGAGGAAAGGACCUCCUGAUUGGAGCAAGCUUUGCCUCAGCUGCUUCUGGAUACCUAGACACAACUGCAGAAUUAUAUAAUGCACUUUCCUUUACUCAGCAGCUGGAACACUACAAGGAGUAUCAGAACAAAGUAGCUGAGGUUGCUGGAAAAUCCAAUGCUUCAUCUAUUAUAUCUGGUGCCAUUUACCUUGUCAGUGCUGGGAGCAAUGACUUUCUGCAAAACUAUUACAUCAAUCCUCUACUUUACAAGAAAUAUACAGUUAGUCAGUUUAGCGAAAUCAUCAUCACCUCCUACAUAAUUUUCAUUCAGAAUCUAUAUGCAUUGGGAGCACGGAGAAUUGGAGUAACAACAUUGCCACCGCUUGGAUGUCUCCCAGCAGCCAUAACAGUUUUUGGAUCUGAUAGCAACGAGUGUGUGGCAAAGCUAAACAAUGAUGCAGUUGCGUUCAAUAGCAAGCUCAAUGCCACAUCUCAGAGCUUACGAACCAAGCUUUAUGGCCUCAAUCUGGUUGUCUUGGACUCUUACAAACCUCUCUAUGACCUUAUCACAAAGCCCGCUGAACAUGGUUUCUCUGAGGCAAGGAAGGCCUGCUGUGGCACCGGCUUGCUUGAAACAUCAUUCCUAUGCAAUACAGAAUCGGUAGGGACAUGUGCUAAUGCAUCUCAAUACGUGUUCUGGGAUGGAUUCCACCCUUCAGAAGCUGCAAACAAGUUCUUAGCUAGUAGUCUGCUAGCCAGUGGCAUCUCUCUCAUUUCAUAAAUCAUACACCUGGGUGUUUCAAAGUAGUUUCCUGCUAUAGGAAUUUACUUAUUGUGUGGUUGCGUGCUCCACUUUAUUGCUUUCUUCUGCAGAGAAAUAAAGGCUGAAAGGGAAAACAAGCACAGAGUGUGCUAUCUCUUGCUAUUCUUCAUCUAUUAAAGUUGUGUAACAUGCUGCUGGUGAUAGCCACUUGAAACCUGCUCCUUCUUAUAUUGACCAACUUCGUAUAUCUAGGAGGGAAAAUAAGUACUCCUUUAUGCGUACUUGUGUAAAAACAACUAAA